AUGACCACCGCGGAGAGCGUCGCCAGCGUCUCAACGGCCCGCACCGAGUUUUCAAGCCUCGUCACUGUCGAACUGAACGGCGAUGAAGACACCCAGCUCACCCUUAAGCUGAUGGACAGGCUCGCCGGCGCUUGCGGUCCGAUACCUGGUUCAGACACCGUGUCCCAGCUCCUGUUCGUGCCGUCCGACACAGCCGACGUCGUGCUCAAGGUGCAGCGCAAAUCCUCGGACUCCAAUGUCCCCAAAGACCUUGCACGUAUCGCCAUUCUCGAUGAGGACAACAAGCGUACCCUGCUUCGCGCCCUCCCCAAAGCUGAAAUCGUCGACGUGCGCACUUUCUGGGGCGAGCGGAGGGGACGCAACCCCAAACGCUGGAACAUCCUGUACGACGAGCGCAUCGUGCCCGACAACUUCCAGGUCGGUCAGAUCCUCCCGCCGGGCAAGCACGAGGUCGUGCUCUUGAUGCAAAGGAAGAAGCGCAAGUAG